AUAUUUUUAUUUUUUGUAUAUUCAGAGAGGUCAUCAAUGGCCUCCUCUGUUUCUUUCCCCUGUUUUAUCCACCUUCUUCUCUUCAUUUCCUGUAAUUUUAUCUCGGGUUGGGCUCAGAAUGUCCCGAUUUUUGCCUGCGAUGUUGACGGGAAUCCGGGGCUGAAGAAUCUGAGCUUCUGUGAUUCGUCGUUGGAUGUGAAAACGAGGGUGGAUGAUCUGGUGAAGAGGUUGACAUUGUCGGAGAAGAUAACGUUCUUGGUGAAUAAAGCCGGGAGUGUUAGCCGGCUGGGGAUUCCGCAGUAUGAGUGGUGGUCGGAGGCGUUACAUGGCGUGUCUUAUGUCGGCCCCGGCGUCAAGUUCACUAGUCUCGUCCCCGGCGCCACCAGCUUCCCCGCGCCUAUUCUCACCGCCGCCUCGUUCAAUGAGACCUUGUUUGAAACCAUCGGAAAGGUGGUGUCUACGGAGGCGCGAGCAAUGCACAAUGUUGGUUUAGCCGGGCUAACGUAUUGGUCGCCGACGAUGAACAUCUUCCGGGACCCAAGAUGGGGGAGAGCUCAGGAAACUCCGGGCGAAGACCCGACGCUUACCGGCAAAUAUGCGGCCGGAUAUGUGAGAGGCCUGCAACAGAGGGAUGACGGUGACAAGGAGAAGCUCAAAGUGGCGUCUUGCUGCAAACACUACACUGCUUAUGAUGUGGACAAUUGGAAAGGGAUUCAGAGAUACACUUUCAAUGCAGUGGUGACACAACAAGACAUGGAUGACACCUUCCAACCUCCGUUCGAGGCGUGUAUUCGCGAAGGAAACGUUGCGAGUGUGAUGUGUUCUUACAACCAGGUUAAUGGCAAGCCAACCUGUGGUGAUCCUGACCUUUUGGCUGGGGUGAUUAGAGGCAAAUGGGGCUUAAAUGGAUACAUUGUCACAGACUGUGACUCAUUUGAUGUGAUUUUCAAUGCCCAACACUACACCAAAACACCAGAGGAGACUGCAGCUCUAGGGCUGAAUGCAGGGGUGGAUCUUAACUGUGGGACAUUUUUGGGCAAAAACACACAAGGGGCAGUGGACAAAGGCCUUGUGAAGGAAUCCGAAAUCGACAGAGCUGUAUCAAACAAUUUUGCCACUCUGAUGAGACUAGGAUUCUUUGAUGGUGAUCCCAGGAAGCAACUAUAUGGGAAUCUUGGUCCCAAAGAUGUAUGCACCCAAGAUAACCAAGAACUCGCCCGCGAAGCUGCAAGACAAGGCAUUGUGUUGCUAAAAAACACUGCAGGCUCACUGCCUUUAUCCCCCACUGCUAUAAAAUCCUUAGCUGUAAUUGGCCCCAAUGGGAAUGUGACCAAAACCAUGCUCAGCAACUAUGAAGGUGUCCCGUGUAAGGUCACAAGUCCUUUACAAGGCCUAUCAGCCAUAGCUGCAACAAGUUACUCACCAGGUUGUGACAACAUAGCCUGUGGCACGGCCCUAGUCGAUGAUGCAACGAAAAUUGCAUCCGCAGCUGAUGCUGUCGUGUUGGUGAUGGGAUCUGACCAAUCCAUCGAGAGGGAAUCGUUGGACAGAACGACCAUCACCCUUCCAGGACAGCAAUCUGUUUUAGUAUCUGCGGUUGCAAAGGCUGCUAAGGGACCUGUCAUUCUAGUCAUAAUGUCUGCAGGUGGCAUGGACGUAACGUUUGCAGUGAAUGAUCCCAAAGUGACAAGCAUUCUUUGGGUUGGAUUCCCCGGUGAGGCGGGUGGAUCAGCCAUUGCAGAUGUGAUUUGUGGGUCAUAUAAUCCAAGUGGGAGGCUACCAAUGACAUGGUACCCACAAUCCUAUGCAGACAGUGUCAACAUGACAGACAUGAGAAUGAGGCCUGAUCCUAAGACAGGCUACCCUGGCAGGACUUACAGGUUCUACACCGGCCCGACUGUUUUCAAAUUCGGAUAUGGCUUGAGCUACUCCACCUUCAAGCACAACCUAGUACGUGGCGCCCCCGAGACACUCUCCCUCCCUCUUGAGGAAGGCCACGUCUGUCGAACCUCAGAAUGUAAAUCCAUCGAGGCCGUAGACCACACCUGCAGCAAUGCAGCAUUUGACAUUCAUCUCAAUGUCAAGAAUGUGGGGCAAAUGAGUGGAAGCCACACAGUUCUAUUGUUCUCGUCGCCUCCCCGGGUUCACAAUGCACCCCAGAAACACCUGCUGGGGUUCCAGAAGGUGCAUUUGAGCCCAAAUCAAGAAGGGAUUGUGAGGUUCAGUGUGGAUGUCUGCAAGCAUUUGAGUGUAGUUGAUGAGGCUGGCAAUAGAAAAGUUGCCCUGGGACAUCAUGUGCUUCACAUAGGAGAUUUGGAACAUUCUUUAACUGUAACAAUCUGAGUCUGUCAUCAUCAGUCACAAACGUUCUUUUCGAAAAUCGAAGGAACAAAUAAAAGGAAUAUAUUCAAUUGAUACCAAUUGUUA